CCCGCGCUCUGCAGCCCCGCGCUGCGCCGGAAGCCUCUGCCCGCCCCCUCCCCGCGCCGGGCCUUAUCUCGGCGCGCAGGGACUGUGGGGCGCGGGCGGCGGGCGCCGGGAGGAGCCGGCGGCAUGGGCCGGGGCCUGCGGGGGCUGCGGGGGCUUCGGGGGCUGCUGCGGCUGCUGCUGCUGCUCCGCCUGCCUCGCGGCGCGGGCGGAGAGGCGGGCGCCCACGAUGUAGAUGUCUGUGCCACUUGCCAUGAACAUGCCACGUGCCAGCAAAAAGAAGGGAAGUGGAUCUGCGUUUGCAACUAUGGAUUUUGGGGCAACGGGAGGACGCGGUGUGUUGAUAAAGAUGAGUGCCAAUUUGGAGCCACUGUGAUCUGUGGGGACCACACAUCCUGCCACAACACACCGGGAGGCUUCUACUGCAUUUGCCAUGAAGGCUACCGGGCCACAAACAACAACAGGACCUUCAUCCCCAAUGAUGGCACCUUCUGUGCAGAUAUAGAUGAGUGCGAAGUUUCUGGCCUGUGCAGGCAUGGAGGCCAGUGUGUCAAUACCCCUGGGAGCUUCGAAUGCUACUGCAAGGAAGGAUACUUGGCACAGAACGGGCCUGAGCCCUUCCAGCCACGCACGGACACCACGUCAUGCGCAGAAAUCGACUGUGGCAUCCCUCCUGAAGUCCCUGGGGGUUACAUCGUAGGAAAUUACAGCUCCACGCCGGGGGGCCAGGUCCACUACAGCUGCAAAGAGGGCUUUCUCAGCAGCUCAGGAGACAGGGUUUCACGCUGCACAGCCCUGGGUGUGUGGGAAUCUCCAAAGCUACGUUGCCAAGAGAUCAGCUGUGGCAGUCCUCCGGCAGUUCAGAACGCCAUCUUGGUGGGGAAUCGCAGCUCCAGCCCCGGGGGUGUGGCUCACUAUGUCUGUCAGGAGGGCUUUGAAAGUCCUGGAGGAAACGUCACUUCUGUUUGCACAGAGAAAGGCUCCUGGAGUGAAAGCACGUACACAUGCACAGAAAUAACGAUAGAAAUUCAUGAUGUGUCUAUGUUUAAUGACUCCUGUGUGAGGUGGCAAAUAAGCCCAGAGAGAGUAAGCUCCAAGAUCAUGUACAAGAUACACAUUGAAAGACAGCAGCCAGAUGCUGUGGAAUCCAUUCAGGAGGAGACACUCAGUGUGACCACAGACAGCAGGACCCCAGAAGUGUGCCUCGACCUUCAACACCGUACCCAUUCCACCGUGAGCAUUUCUGCAGCCCCUCCCUGGCAUUCUGUGCCCGCCAUCUUCAGAUUCCAGGUGGCUGAAGAUCAUCUCCUAGAAGAUGAUGGAAUUUUCAAUAUUUCAGUGUUUAAUGAAACUUGUUUGAAGUUGAACAGGCAUUCUAGGAAAGUUGGAUCAGAGCAAAUGUACCAAGUGAGAGUUCUGGGCCAGAGGUGGUACCUGGAGAACUUUUAUCACGCGGCCGUCUUUAACUUCACAGCAAGAGGCCAAGCUCCAGAAGUGUGUUUAGACCUGUACCCAGCCACUGAUUACGUGAUAAACGUCACCCUUCUGCAGCCCACUGAGCCACGCUCUUCGCAAAUAACCAUAACAACCGCAGCAACAGCAAAACAGAUCAUCACUAAUAUUUCCGUAUAUAAUGAAACCUGCCUGAGAUGGAGAAGCCUUAAGACAGCCAAUGUAGAAGAGAUGUAUUUAUUCCACAUUUGGGGCCAGAGAUGGUACCAGAAGGCAUUUGUUCAGGAAAUGGUUUUUAAUACCACCAGCAGCAGCCAGGCCCCUGAGCUCUGCCUGGACCUGCGUCCAGGGACCAGCUACAAUGUUAGCCUUCAGGCUCUGUCUUCAGCACUUCCUGUGGUCAUCUACCUGACAACCCAGAUAACAGAGUCCCCAUUCCCAGAGGUAGAAUUUCUCACUGUACAUGGAAGGCCUCUACCACGCUUCAGGCUGAGGAAAGCCAAGGAGAUAAAUGGACCUAUCAGUUCAUAUCAGGUGUUGGUCCUUCCCCUGUCUUGGCAAAGCACAUUUUCUUGUGAUUCUGAAGGCAUGACUUCAUUUUUUGGCAACACCUCUCUUGCUGAUGGAUAUGUGGCUGCAGAAAUACUGGCCAGUGAUAUUCCAGAUGACAUGUUGGAGAUCUCAAUUGGAGACAGGCUGUACUAUGGGGGAUAUUACAAUGCACCUUUGAAAACAGGAAGCGAUUACUGCAUUCUGUUACGGAUCAAAAGCGAAUGGAAUAAGGAGAGAAGAUACUCCUGUGCUGUCUGGGCGGAGGUGAAAGAUUCGUCACUCACGCCGCAGCAGAUGGUGGGUGUUGGACUGGGCUCCGUGGCUUUUGUGACCAUUCUUGCAUUCCUAUCCUUCUCAGCAGUGUGAUGGCUGGUGGGCCCUGCUUGGGAACACUGACCUGAUGAUGGACAGAUGUUCUGACAGCUUCUCAGGGGCCUCCGCUGUGUGGCUCCCAACCUGAGCCCAAGUAUGGACCAGAAACUUUCUCCAUCCCAGCAUGACCGCAUUCCUGAAUUCAAGAUGGCAGCCAUCUCUGUGGAAUCUUCCAAGAGGAGAAAACUUGGGAUCCUGCUUUCUGGACCAGUUGUAUGUCCGUAAACUUGAGAUUCAUAUCCAAUGUAAUACUGAUCACGGGGCCACAGACCCUAGGAGCCAGCCCUGUCAACGUUGUAUGUGCAGAGGCCACAGACUCUGAGAGUCAACGCCCAUGGCUGCCGGAUGUGGAACCCCUGAACCUUCUAUUAGGCACCUUUGUUAGUUAGUUCAGAAUCCAUUCUUUCAUAGUAGGUAAUGAGAUGGGCUUAAGUCUGGGCUAGAAUUUGACUUUAGGAAGAAGGUCACUGGAUAAAGAACACCGACAUGAAUAAAUGUUUCAAACAUUUUAGAAGUAGCCCCUUGCCUAUACCAGAAAGUACAAUAGCCUGGUCAGUCUCUCAAGUUCCCUGCAUGACCAUUAGGCAGCAUUGUUUUGAUGCAAUUUCAAUUGUUUAUGUGAGAUCAAAAGUGAUGCCUGCUUUCCAGCAAGACACGUUCUGUAAUUUUGACCAUUCUCUGUUUAGUUAUCAUUUUUUCUUACUCAUUAUCUAUAAAAUUGUUCUCUGCCUCCCUUAAGAAAUGUGUGUUUGGUGAUAGAGUAGGAACAGUGGGCUCAUGGUCAGCGUCUGAGUUUUGGGAGAUAACGGUGACUCACAUACCUUAUCUACACUUCGGAAACGGUGACUGAGACAGUGUGUCAUGGCCUAGGAUAACUGGCUGUAGGUGGGGCUGUUCAUAUGGUGAACAUACAGGUGAAAUGCAUUCAGUUUGCCUUUUAAAACCCAGUUGGUGUCCUUCAGCUUCUUGUCUAAAGACAGCUCAACUCCAAGGCUGUGGCUUCUCCCUCCCUUCCCCCUCCUUAGGGUGGAACCCGUGAGAAUGUGGUCCUGGAAGUGUGCACCACCAGAGCUGUGGCUGGUGCGUUCUCUGCUGGCUUGUGGGGUGUUUGUUGGUGACCUGGUGACCCGGUGCUAUGUGUGGUUUGUCUCCACAAAACUCCUGGUGAAAUUGGUUGGGGUAGGACUUUUAGGGGCUGACUUGAACUUUAGAGGCAUUAGUGCCUUUCUUAUGGGACUGGCUUAGCUACCACAAGAGCACGUGGCACCCAUGAGUCAGUCCACCCUUCCUUCUGCAUUCCACUCUGCCUUGAAGGAUCACGAGACCCUCAUCAAAAGUCUCGAAGAUGCUGGUGCCAUGCCCUUGUGCUGUGCAGGCUCCCGAAGUUAUCAUCCUUUUUGUUUUUUCAGAAACCGCUGAUGCUCAGAUUAAAAUACCAUCAGACUGUCCUUAAAGCUGCUCCAACCUGGGGGUGGGGGUAGGGGGAGUGUUCUGCUUAACUCGGAGAAGUCUGGCAGAGGGAGGCAGCACCCAGAUACCUGUGUCCUCCGUGCCAGCGCCGGCCCUUGCUAGUAAUGGCAUCCUCUGUCCUUUGAAUUACCAACCCUACACAACAACUUAGGACCGCUUUUUCUACAGCUCUCUAGAUUUGCACUCUAGAAAAACUGUCCAAGACAGAGUUGCCUACAUGGGGGCUUGGAAGAUUUCCCACUGAAAGGAGGAAAUCUUGGUUCUGGUUAACUGAUGAAAUGUUAAGUAAACUCUCAGCUUGUAGUAGAGUGUAGAAAUAUUAGAGGAGUUCAUCUACAGCCGCAAAAAUAGCAAACACACGUACUUGGUUAUUUCCUUCGAUUGUUCCCAGUCACGACGUGGAGUCUCUGUGCACACACAGGAGCAGCAGGUGGUGGGCGUGCGCAAAAGCCACGCUUCAUCUUUCUGCCGUUCUUUCUAAGUAGUGUUCCCACAAGCGUGAAGAAGGCGUCUUUAUAGUAUAAUACCUUUUUUCCCUCUGUGUCUGGAUUCCCAGCCAACAGAAGGAACGACCCUUAGGAGAUACAUGGGUGUCCUUGGAAAAACAAGUGAGACAGGAGAAACUCUGUCUACCACGGUGCCGAGCUGGCUUGUGAGUCUCACUAACUAAAGCGAGGCAGAGAGGCAGCUCAGGCUGACGGCCGAAUGGAGGCUGGGACCCACACGGGGAAGGAGAGAACUCAUUCUUGCAAACUGUCCUCUGAAUGUCACCUGUGCUCCAUGUCAUGUGCAUGCCCACACAUAUAUCCACACGUAGGUGCACACAAAAUAAAAUUAAUUUAAUUUAAAAGAUAUAGCUAAAGCCUAAUGCAGGGGUGGAGGAAAGUUCUCUCCCUCAUGACUGGUCUUGGGGCCGUUUAGAUGUGGCUUUGGAUUUUCUUCCAGUUUGGUAAUUGGAAUUGAGGCUCUGCUCAGUCAUGGAACAUGCUUUCUUUGGGCUAUUGUACGUUUUUGUUGUUGGGGUGUGUGGGUGUGCCCUUAGCUGUACAGCAGGCACCUAUUCAUCCAUCCUCACAAGGUUCUAUGUGGCAGGAAGUCAGGGGUUUGUGGUUCCUAUUUUAAAGGGAGAAACGGGCGGGGUGGAGAUGGUGCACGCCUUUUUAUCUCAGCCCUUGGGAGGCAGACCCAGGUAGAUUUGCAGAGCUAGUUCCAGGACAGCCAGGGCUACACAAAGAAACCCAGUCUUGAAAAAACAACAACAACAAAAGGGCAUGGCGGGGUUGGGAAAGGAGAAACAGAUGCAGACAGAUUUCUGACUUUUAAUGCAAGUCUAGUUUUCUUCCCUGGCAUUUGCUAGCCCUUGAACUAGCCACUGAAGUAAUUUGUAGACUACCUCUCUGGUCUUGGGAAAGCCAUGUACCACCACCUGUCACUUCUGGAAGGAGCCACAAACAACCAAGAACAUAAAUAUGAGACCUCUUAGGGAGUGCGGAACAGUGUUUCCUGUCUAAGGUCUGGAACUGCAGCCCUUGAGGUAAGCCCAGAGCAGUGGUGUGUUUCUCUUGAAAUUCCACGGCAGCUUGGAAUAAAGUUAAUGUUUAAAUUGGUUUGAGAGGAAGUGAAAAGCAAUGCCUGAAGAGCAUGGUGGUGCCUCCUGAGCAGAGGCAGCCCAGUGAGUUCAAGGCCAGCCUGAUCUACAAAGCAAGUCCAGGACAGCCAGGGCUAACACACUGAGAAAUCCUGUCUCAAAAACGAACAAACAAACAAACAAAAAAACAACCAACCAAAACAAACAGCAACAAAAACAGUGCUCAGUGAACCCUUUUCAAUGCUGAACUUGUAUCUUGAUUUUCAAAAUCUUCUAUUUUUUCCAUUCUCUUCUAGAAAAGCCCUGGUGAUCAUUGUCUAAGGCCAGGUGCUUGUUUCUAAAGGGAAAGAGGACAUGGGUUUCAUGUUCCAGUAUAUGCAGUGAAGGGUACAAGAAAGAAAACCAAUUUUUAAAGAUGUAUUUUAUAUGAAUGAGUAUCUGCGUGCAUGUAUGUCUGUGCACCAGGAGAAUGUCAAAAGAGGGCGUCAGACUCCCUGGGACUGCAUUGUGGGUGGUUAUGAGCCACCAUGUGAGUUCUGAGAACUGUGUUUUGGUCCUCUGCAAGAGCAGUAAGUGCUCUGAACCCCCACCAACUUUCUAGCCCACAGCAAAUCCCUUUUUAAAAGCAUUGCAAGCUCCGGGUGCAGAGAGAAUGGGUCUGUGGCAGCCCGUGGGGCUCCGAGUCUUGACACCCCUAGCUUUUAUUUAGGAGCGCUCCACCGUGCAUACACCCCUAGAGUGUUUCCAGCAUGCAGUUAUUACUUAGACUAAGUAAUAGCUUAGUAAGGUCGUUGGGAUAAAAACUGUCUGUACUUUGCAUUGAACUACACGAUGCCGGUGAAGUGCCGUCGGGAAGUCAGUUCCUGCUUUCCCCAGCAGAAAGCCUCAACUCCAGUGGCUGCUGUUGGUGCCCCUCACCUCGGUGCCUCUGGGAGGUAGAGAAUUUGAUGUUUUCUUGCAUAUCUUGACAGCUCCACAUGCUGGCUGGCCCUCUGUAGUUCAGUCUCUGGGAACCUUUUUUCUUCAUAGGACAGGUGCCUUUUACUGAUUGAACAAACUCUCGAUGGAGCUGCAGAGGUGGUCCAGGGGAUGAGAGCACACGCGGCUCUGGCAAAGGCUCCGAGCUCUGUUCCCAGCAUCUACAUCUUACAGUUCACAGUCACUGUGACUCCAGAUCUGGGGAAGCCCAGAGCCUCUGGCUUCUGCAGAAACCUGAACCCACACGGAUCACCCUCUCCCCACAAACAUUCUCCCAAAAAAGCUUUUUAUAUCAUUGUGAUUUUAAUGCUCACCUGUCAUAUAUUUCAUUUUUUAAAAAGUGUGUCAUUUUUAAAAAGGAUAAUAUUGUCUUAAAACUUCAUUUGUGCUAUGUAUCGUCACACAAAACCUUCAUAGUUGUAAAGUCAAAUGUAUCAGUCACUUCCCUUUAAAUUGCCUUGAGAAUGAAGAGUCUACCACACCUUUGCCCCUCAGUUUUUCUGGGUCAGGAAUCAAGGACUAAUUUCCGCUAUGCUCAGAAGGACCUCCAAACUCAAGAUAUUAAACGAAACGUAAGAGUUCAACAGUUAGAUCUGUAAUCUACUAGGAACUGAUUUGGGCCUACGAAUGAGAGGGGAGUAUAGGAAAUGCUGUAGUCUUUACUGUUCACACGUCCACUGACCUCACCCCUUGUCGUCUGAAACUUUUCCUUUUGUUCUGUUGAGCUUCUCUGCGCCGGUACGACCUGCUGUAGCUUUAAAAUAGAUCCACACAGAAGAGCAAGCGAAGCUCUGCUCUUUUCCCGUUACUCCCCAGCGUAUUCUCGGGGUUGUUGUUUUUAACGUAUUUAUUCAUGUACAAGGAUUUAUUGUAUAUAAACCAAAGAUUUGAUCAAAUUCCUCUUUUUUUUAGUGUUUACAUACGAGAGCAAAUGUGUAACUAACACCUUUCUCUCUGGUUCUGGUUUAAUUUGGUUAACAUGAUUCUUUUUUUUUUACAAAGGACAUUACAAUCUUCUUAACUGCCAAAUAAUACUCCACUGUGUACAUCCACAACAUUUUUUUUCCAUUCACCCAUUCCUCCCAUGGUCCUAUGACCUGUAAGCAUCACUUUAGAAAAGUUUACAGUGAGUGUCUUCUCUCACCUUUCAUGCCGGGAGAAACCCAGGUUUAUAAUACUUCUUUCUAGGGGCUGUGAAGAUGACCGAGUACUUACUGUUGUUAUAAAGAAAGAAAAUCGCAGACUUAUUUUUUACCAGUGAAGACCCUGGAGCCAGAUGCUGGGGUGAAAGCCUGCGACUUCAGAGAAGCAGAGACAGCAAUUCAGAGAGGCAGAGACAGCACUUCAGAGAAGCAGAGACAGCACUUCAGAGAGGCAGAGACAGCACCCAGCUGACCUUCCUCCUCGGCGGACUUCCCAGAAGGAAAAAGCAGAAAUCCCCUUCUCCUCCACACUGUCCUCAACACCCUUCUCUCGACAUCCCUCCUUUCUGUUUACUCCCUGGCAGCUGUUUGCUUGCGCUUCCUCCUGCCCUGGGUUGACUUCAUUUAAUCUCGUUUACAGAAAGCUCUUGGAUAUAAGGUGUGUGCUCAAACUGAGCCACACCACAGCUACUUGUUUACAGUAAGCAGAAAGCAUGGCUGAGCCACACCACAAUCAGAAACUAGUUUUAUAGUUCACAAUCUCAGGAUUCACAAUGGGACCAGAUAUCCUGCAGCAGUUCAUUGUUAUUGAGAGUAAAAGAUAAAACACUUAGGAAAGGUAAUCUGGCAAUAUUUAUUGUCAGGGACCACCUGAGGGAACUCGCCAACUUCAGAGACCACCUGUAGGAACUCACCAACUUGCCUCAACUUGCCCAUUCCCUUACCUGCAAUAAACAUACUGCUUGGAGAUGUCAGAGACCACCUGUGGAAACUCAUCAACCUGCCUCAACUUGCCUGUUCCCUGCGUUAAACAUACUGCUUGGUAACAGCAGAGAUGUGCUCACAGAACCGUGGCUCAUCACAAGAUGUUUCAGGCCCCUGGCCGAGAAGAAUCUGUAACUUUUCACCCACCCUACUUUCUCAUCCUGAACCCUUUAUAAAAGCUGAUUCUGCUCAGUAAAGUUAGUCCUUGACAAGCA